AUGGAUAUUGAUGGGGCAGACGAUGUUCAUAAAUUAGAUCCUGAGCUCUUGCAGCUUCCGAGUUUGUCUCCAUCUCCGGUCAAAGCAAGCUCUCGUAUCGCUGAUGAACUCUUCUCCCAGUGGCUCUCACUCCCACAAACAGCAACUUUGGUCAAGUCUUUGAUCGAUGAUGCUAAAUCUGGAACGCUAACUGAUGCAUCUAAGAGUUGUGCCAGCACCAAUGUUUCUGGUGAAAGUGCUUUGCCAGCUGUGUUUCUGAGCAGCGGCACUCCCCCACUGUCUCCACGAAGCUCAUCUGGUUCCCCAUGUUUCUCGAAGCAAAGGACGAGUCCUCCAUCUCUCCUGUCUCCUCUGAGAUCAGUCAGCGAACCAAAGAGCGAAAGCAUUCCUCAGUUCUACUUCCAACAUGGGCGUCCACCAGCAAAAGAACUAAAGGAGCAAUGCAUAUCCGUGGUUGAUCAAUAUUUUAGCAACUAUAUUGACGGACUACAUGUGGAUGAAUUCAAAUCCCUUACGAAAGAAGUCUGCAAGCUGCCUUCUUUUCUUUCUCCUGUACUUUUCAGAAAGAUAGAUCCCAAUUGCACUGGUAUAGUUUCAAGGGAUGCAUUUAUCAAGUAUUGGAUUGAUGGAAACAUGUUAACUAUGGACACAGCCUCGCAGAUAUAUAAUAUAUUAAGGCAGCAAGGCUGCAAGUACCUCAGACAGACAGACUUCAAACCAGUUCUUGAUGAGCUUCUGGCAACACAUCCUGGCUUAGAAUUUCUGAGGAGUACAAGCGAAUUUCAGGAAAGAUAUGCUGAAACUGUCAUCUACAGAAUAUUUUACUACAUAAACAGAUCUGGAACUGGUUGUCUUACUCUGAGAGAGCUGAAACGAGGAAAUCUUAUCGCUACUAUGCAGCAACUUGGUGAAAAGGGUGAUAUCAACAAAAGUAUUAGGUACUUCUCGUAUGAACACUUCUACGUCAUAUACUGCAAAUUUUGGGAACUUGAUGGUGACCAUGAUUGCUUUAUUGAUAAGGACGAUCUCAUCAAAUAUGGUAAUCAUGCCCUUACCUACAGGAUUGUUGAUAGAAUAUUUUCACAGGUACCCAGGAAGUUUACGAGCAAUGUUGAAGGGAAGAUGAGUUAUGAAGAUUUUGUAUACUUCAUUCUCGCCGAGGAAGACAAGUCUUCCGAGCCUAGUCUUGAGUAUUGGUUCAAGUGCAUAGACUUGGAUGGAAAUGGGGUGAUCACUCCAAACGAGAUACAUUUCUUUUUCGAAGAGCAGCUGCAUCGCAUGGAAUCAUUAACCCAGGAACCUCUUCUCUUCAACGAUAUCCUAUGUCAAAUAAUUGACAUGAUUGGACCCGAGAAGGAGAACUGCAUCACCCUCCAGGAUCUGAAAGGAUCCAAACUUUCAGGAAACGUCUUCAAUAUACUCUUCAACCUCAACAAAUUCAUGGCGUUUGAAUCACGUGACCCCUUUCUCAUUCGACAGGAACGGGAGGAUCCAAAUAUGACAGAGUGGGAUGGAUUUGCUCAGAGAGAAUAUGUUAGAUUGUCAUUGGAGGAAGAUGCAGAGGAAAGUGCAGAUUGUAUGGGAUGA